AUGUACGCACAGCCCGCUCGCCGCUGGUCGCUUCGUAUGAUCAAAUGGUGGGCCGGGUGUAAUGUUUCCGAGUCAACCGAAACGUUGGUUCGGUGCUUGCUCGACGUCACGAUUCAAUCCGAAGAUAAUGAACUUGCAGAUUGUUUGGCACCAGACAAGACUUAUUUACAUGGCUGUCCAAGCGCCCCAUACGAAGCCGCCAAGAAUACGGAAGAAGGACCAGUUCUCAAACACCUUCGACGCCUGGAAAAUCUGAUGUUGGAAAUGAAAGCCCAAAUCAAUAAACUAGCGGCUCCAUCCACACUAUCGCCUUCCUCCAGUGUCCAAGACGGCUCUGAGGACCGUGCGGAGGAAGAGCUACCUGAACCACCAAACACAUCCGUAGUUCCUGCGCUUCAGGACUGGGCACAACUGUGCUUAAUGUGGUGGAUUCAUGACAAAUCGCUUCAUCUGGUCAAGCCGCUGUCAAUGUGGACAUUGGCUGAACGUACAAAUGCUGGAUUGACAAGGAGCUGGUACAGCGUGGCAAAAUUGCUCGGUGAAGAUAGAGGUCUGGUCGCCAAUAUUCUUGGAGAAACUGACCACUUGCUGUGGAAGAAGAACGUGCUCCCAGUGUACCGUGCCUACUACACUAAAACUACGUAA